AUGGAUUAUCAUGAGGAAAUAAUAGUCCCAUCAACUCGUAAACCCACUGAACGAUGCGUCUACGUUCGUCUUCUCCUUUCUAUUUCUCCUGUUGUUAGUACACUAGCAUGGCAAUUUAACAAUCCUGCUCCUAAAAAAAAACUCUUAGAGAAAUUCAGAAAGAAAGAGGAAGAAGCAAUGAAAAAACGUAACAGGAUACGUGAAAUGCGCAACAAGUUUGCCACAAAUAAAGCCCGAAUCUAUUUCAAGCAAUCGUGUAAUUACUCACCUAAUAAUGCUACUAUAAAUGUGGUGUCAAAGCCUGCAGAAAAGGUUCGACCGUGGCUUGGAAUAUGGAUUGUAUAA